AGUUCACCUUUGGAGAAACCCCAGGUGUGUCAGCAAGGGUUCAACGCAGUCUUGGUGAGAAGACAAGCGCCUUGUCGACCUUUUCCGUGUUUGCAAGUCAUGAUUUUUGGGCGUCUGUCUCUGCUGAGACAAAUCGCUACGCCGAACAAGAGAUGGGCGACGAGGAUCGUCCCAAGAAAUGCUAUGAGGAGCAAUGGUUUGACACCACUCCGGAUGAGAUAAAAGCAUACUUUGCCUUGUGCAUCAUUAUGACGCAAGUGAAAAAACACACAGUCAAAAUGAACUGGUCCAAGAGGUCCAUAGUGGAGACCCCAAUUUUCGGCAAAACGAUGUCCUAUGUGAGGUUUCUGCUAAUCUCUCGAUUUCUUCACUUCGUUGAUAAUGAAACGGCCGACAAGAGUGACCGUCUUAGGAAGGUGAAGCCCGUGCUUGAGCACAUGAACGAGAAGUUUGCAUCUGUGUACACACUCGACCAAAAGGUUUCCAUCGACGAAAGUUUGAUGAAGUUUCGAGGGCGCCUGUGCUUCGUGCAGUUCAAUCCCAGCAAGCGAGCUCGAUUUGGAAUAAAAUUCUACAAGCUGUGUGAGUCGUCCUCGGGAUAUUGUUCUGCAUUCAAGAUCUACACUGGGAAAGAUGAAGGAAGAGACAAAACUACCUGCGCAAGUGAAAGCGUGGUCCUUGAACUUGGAAAGCCGCUGCUGGAGAAGGGCUACAUAUUAUACCUUGACAAUUGGUACACAUCUCCAAAUUUGUUCCUCAAGCUCAAGGAAGGCAAAACUCAUGCUGUAGGAACUGUUAGACCAAACAGGGCAAACAUGCCAAAGGACCUGGUGGCAAAGAAACUCAAAAAAGGAGAAGUCGAGUCCAGGUCUAGUCACGGCAUACUUGCAGUAAAAUGGCACGACAGAAAGGAUGUCUACAUCUUGUCUACAAUGCAUUCUAACUCCGACAUGACCGCAACAGGGAAGAAAAGAUGGAUCAAGAGGAAGGGACAAAGCGAUGCCGAAGACGUCAUCAAGCCAAGCUGUGUUCUCGACUACAACAUAGGAAUGGGCGGCGUCGACAAGCAAGAUCAAAUGGUGGCUUGCUUUCCGCUGAUGCGCAAAUUGGUCAAAGGCUACCAGAAAAUCUUUUUUUAUGUGAUGGAUAUUGCUGUGUUCAACUCGUAUGUAAUCUACAAGAAGUUGAGUGGAGACUGCAGAACAAAGAACUUUGUUGACUUCCGCCUGGAUCUUGCUGAAGAAAUUCUGGAGAGUGUGAAACUUCCGGACUAUAAAACUCGCGGAAGGCCAUCCAACGGCGACACUCCGCUUCGCUUACAAGCAAAGUGUUGGGGUCACUUUGUGCAACACAUCGCACCCACUGAGAAGAAGAAGAACCCGACGCGGGCGUGCAAAGUGUGCACAGCCAACAAGAAACGGAGUGAAACAACAUGGGAAUGUGGACAAUGCAAGGUGGCUCUUCAUGUUCCUGAAUGUUUUCAGCGCUAUCAUACUUUGAAGAACUACUGAAGAAGAGGACACG